CUAGUAAUAAAAUUUUAGUAGUAAUAAGAAAAGAAUGAGAAUUGUAUCGUUCUAUGUUUUAUAUUCUUAUUUUAAUAUUAAGAUAAAAUUAAAGAAAUUAUAAAAAAAUUGAUUUAAAUAUACAUAGUUUAUAAAUUUUAACAUUAAUUAAAUAUUGUAACAACUGAAUUAUUAUGUUAUAAUAUAAAAAUAUAUUAGUAUAAUAGUAUAAUAUAAUAUAAGAAAUUUAAAUAAAAAAUAUGAACUAAAAACUUACAAUUUUAUAUUAAUUUAAUAUUUUUAUAUAAAUAAGAAAUUCAAAUAUGCCACCAAAGAAAAGCACAAAUACUUCAAAGGCAAAUAAAUCUAAAACUGUAGAAACUAACAAUGGAAAAGAAGAGAAAAAAAAAGGAAAUGCCGGAAAUGCUAUAAAGGUUAGACAUAUAUUAUGUGAAAAACAAUCAAAAGUUUUGGAAGCUUUAGAAAAAUUAAAAGCUGGGGGGAAAUUUAAUGAAGUGGCUGCCACUUAUAGUGAAGACAAGGCAAGAUCUGGGGGUGAUCUUGGAUGGAUGAUUAGAGGAUCAAUGGUAGGUCCAUUUCAAGAAGCUGCAUUUGCAUUACCUAUUUCUUCUAUUAAUUCUCCAAUUUAUACAGAUCCACCAAUUAAAACAAAAUUUGGUUAUCAUAUUAUAAUGGUAGAAAGUAAAAAAUAAUAAAUGAUAUAUAUUUAUAA